AUGCCGUCGAUUGACAAGGCCACCGACAACGGUGAGCUAAAGCAGAGGCAGCCGGAGCAGGAGCUGGUCUGCGUCACGGGCGCGGGAGGCUUCAUCGGCUCGUGGGUGGUGAAGGAGCUCCUCCUCCGUGGCUACCGCGUCAGGGGAACUGCCAGGGACCUCGUGGUUUCUGCAUCUGACCGCAAGAACGCACAGCUGCUGGCCCUGCAGGGUGCCCAUGAGAGGCUCACCCUGUGCCGCGCCAAUGUCCUCGACUACGACGGCCUCCGCGCCGCCUUCCGCGGCUGCAAGGGCGUCUUCCACGUUGCCUCGUCAGUAUCCAACGACCCCGCCAGUUCACUUCCUCUACUCUGCUUACUUCUCGAAGUUUCGGGCUUUCUGCAAGGGCCGCGUACUUACCUGCUACAUCUACAUGUGCUGCUGGUUUUGCAGGACCUCGUGCCGGUCACCGUAGAGGGCACCAGGAACGUGAUCAGCGCGGCCGCGGACGCCGACGUGCGGCGUGUGGUGUUCACGUCGUCCUACGGCGCCGUGCACAUGGACCCUAACCGCAGCCCCGACACCGUGCUCGACGAGACCUGUUGGAGUGACUAUGACUUCUGCAAAAGCACAGGCCUCCGCCACUGCUGUUGCGCGAAGAUGAUGGCGGAGAUCACGGCGACGGAGGAGGCAGCCAAGAGGGGGUUGGAGCUGGCGGUGGUGGUGCCGUCCAUGACCAUGGGCCCCAUGCUACAGCCGGCGCUCAACUUCAGCAGCAACCACGUAGCCCGCUACCUCACCGGCGCCGAGCCCACCUACCCCAACGCCGUCGCCACCUACACCGACGUCCACGACGUCACCCACGCCCACGUCCUUGUCUAUGAGCAUCCCGAGGCUUGCGGCCGCUACCUCUGCAUCGGCGCUGUGCUGCAUCGCACACACUUCCUCCAGCUCCUCAGCGAGCUCUUUUCGCAGUACCACAUCACCGCCAAGUGUGAAGACGAUGGCAAGCCAAUGGCGAAGCCCUACAAGUUCUCCAACCGGAGGCUCACGGACCUGGGAUUGGAGUUCACUCCAGUGAGGGAAAGUUUGUACGAGAGGGUGACGUGCUUGCAGAAAAAGGGCCACCUGCCUCUGCCCGUUGAUCCCCUGGCGCCAAAGUGUGCCUACUUGUAA